AUGCCAAGAGAUACUGUAAGCUACGAUGAAAUUGAGAAGGAAAUCGAGAAAAUGCAGUCAUCAAAUGCAAAGCUAAGGGAGGAAAGUAUCAAUAGCUUAUACAAAAUAUCCAAGGAGAUUGGAUCUAUAUACACAGUGCAGUAUUUAAUUCCAUUUGUGAAAACCAUUCUAGACACAAAUGAAGAGUCCAAGGUGCCUAUUGUUAGGCAGCUAGAGCGAAUAGCAAAGGAAAUACUGCAGGAAAUAAAGCCACUGUACACGCUGUACAAGGAAAUAUUUCUGACACGAGAUGACAGGAUCCGAGAGCUAGCUACAAAUUCCCUCAUAGAAGGUGUAUUAUUAGGGAGAGAAGGAAGAGUGGACCAUGAGAUAUACGGCAUAGAAGAGUUUAUAUGCCGUCUAGGGGGAAGUAAAUUUGUGAUGCACAGAAUAUCUGCCAUUUCUCUACUCAGAAAGUUUCUAGUAGAAGUACCGAGUAAUAUUCACCUCAGGAAGCUAAAAGACCUUUUCAAGGCACUUCAAGUAGACCCGCUUCCAAUUGUAAGAAGAAAGUGUUUUUCAUCCGGGGAGAUCAUUUUGUAUUUCUGCACUGAGCCAGAGAUUAAGCAGAUUGUGGAUGUAGCCUUGCUAGACACAGAUGACACAGUGAGAAGCUUUUUCAUCUACCCGCUGCUGCUUCUGGACAAAACACAAGAAAACUCGCAGUUUACCAUGAACGCCUUCAAAAUAGCAUCUACUGACAACAGCUGGAAAGUCAGAAGCAGCUCCACGCAGAUUAUCAAGGAUGUGAUACUGCAUAUGAACGAGGUCCAUGCAGAUUAUUCACAGACUGUACGGCAUAUUCCCCCAGCAUACCCGCAGAGGCACAGAAUAAGUGGGUUUUCAGAGCUAACAGACCAGCACCGCCCAUCAGAAGAAAGUGCCCCAGACAGCGAGCAACUUCUGCAGGACAAAAAUGCAGCAGUCUUAAAGUGCAUUGACAGGCUAGUUGAUGACAGAGAGGACGAAGUCAGGAAAAGCAUUAUUAAAAGAACGCCAGAAAUAUUAAAGGAGGCACCGCAGACAAAGAAUAAAAUUCUCUACAUCAUAGACAGAGCCUCGUGCGACAGGUCCCCAGAUGUAAGGGAAAUAGUCCCAGGAAUACUUUCAGCUGUCUCUGAAAUCAUAACAAAGGAAGACAUGGAGCUCUUUGUCUCCCCAAUCAUCAAAAGACUUCUAGCAGAUGAAGACCAGAAUACAAAGAUAGAAACCAUCAGCAAGCUAAAGACACUUUACAAGAAGCUUGGGGCAGGUGCCAUUACAGACGCCCUGAGCCCUGUGAUAAACGACUUAAAGAGUGCUGACUGGAGGACACGCACUGCUGUUUUGAAAAGCAUCUCUUCACUCUCCCGGCAGAUGGACAAGCAGUACUUCUAUGAGUAUCUGAAGGAGCCUUUCUUCAGGAUGUUUGUUGAUCCAAUAUGGCUUGUCAGAAAGGAGGCAGCCACAAUUCUUGCUGAAAUAUCAAUUAGCUUUGGGGCCAGCUGGGUCUGCAACGAGAUGCUUGCGUCUCUGGAGUUCCUGAAGGGCAGCACACACUAUGCCCACAGGAUUGCAUAUGCCACUGCCUUGGGCCGGGUUCUGCAGACCCUCUGGCCGCGCCGCGUGCAAAAACUUCUGGCAAGAAAUCUGGCAGACCUUGCUGUGGAUGCAAUCCCGCAAGUGCGCCUGACUGUGGCAAAGAUGGUGUCCCAAGGGAUACUUGAAGAAAAGGAAAGCAUCCUGAAGGACCUGCAGAAUGACAGCCACCGGGAAGUAGCAAAUGCAUCGCACAUGUAA